UCUCAUGCGAUAUACAUAUAUGCAAUAUACCGUGGUAUAUUGUUGUAAUUUGUUUAAACCAAUUUGGGGUUUUUAUUAAAUUUUGUGCGGGAAACUGGUGGUGGCUUUUUAAAAUUUCAUUUUCGGUACGCGGUCGUUUUGUUUGGGAGGAGAAGAAAUUUUACAACAAAGAUGAAUUUGUUUUAUAAAGCCUUCUUUCUCCUGGCCCUAACAACAACCCAAAUAACUUUAGCACAAGACAGUGAAGAAUUAACAUCCAAACCUGAAAUAACAACUGCUUUACCAGAAGGAUCAAUAGAAGAGCAGCAAACCUCCGAGAGCAGUCCGGUCCUGUUAGAUUCACAACUACGUUCCGCACUUUUGAGAGCCCUGUCAGAAAUUGAGGAAGGCGAGGACAGUGAUGAAGUAAGUGAGGAGGAAGAAGCAAAUGUGAAAAAAGCACAAGCCAGUGCGAUUACUAUCUUUGAAAAUUCUAACGAGGAACCUGAGGAAGCUCUAGUUGAACAAGCUCAACCCAUACAAGAAUCAUCCUCUCCAGCUUCAGAAUCUAAUGAAGCAUCAUCACAAUCUGAAGAAGACACAUCAACUCAGAAAGUCAGUUUUGUACUUUUUCAAAAAAGUGAAGCUCUGCAAGGCCAAACCAUCACUUCUCUAGAAGAUAAGCCUUUGGAUCCAUUUAAGGAUGCAGAGCAAAUUAUUACAAGCGCCUCCAACAAUAUACUUCCUCAAAAUGGCAACUCAAACCCUCAAACUAGAAGUAUCGAUAGCAAAGAAAACGUACUUCAAAGUGAACAAAAGAAGUUCCAAUCAGCCAAGUCAGGUUUUGCAAACUUUAACGCUAUUAACAACAACGAGGGUAAAAAAGCGUCUAAGCCAAUACUCGUAGAAAAGUUUUCUAUUGGCAAGGCUGUGGAUGAACCGUUUGUUCUUAAAUCAUACGUAAAACCUUCAGGAUCUAAAGAAGAAAAUUCUGGAGUGGCUUAUGUAAAACCCAGCCAGAAGUUCAUCCAGACUAAUUAUAAAGCUAAAAGUAAUAGCUUUCCAGAAAAAAAUGAAAAUGGCAAUGUUAAUGCUGCUACUGAGCCUGCGACAGAGGUCUCUACUGAAGAAAAUGAAGCCAAAGUGGAGCAGGUUCAGUUCUUCACUGCCCCAUUGGUGGCAGCCUUUACCGUCCACCAAGAUGAAAAAGGGUUACCGAAAAAAGUGGAACCCAUCUAUAAAAAUGCUCCAAGUCAAUCACAAGCAGCUACGUCUAUUCAGCAACAGUCUACACUGACUCAGCAGCAAGAGACAAAUCAGAAUAUCCUUCAAUCACCUACUUUUAACAACUUAGACUUGCUAAGAAAGCAGCAAAUCCUCGAACAAGAGCUAGAAAAAUUACGCUUACAGCAACAGAGGUUUGCUGCUAGAAACACAAAUCAGCCUACCCAAGCUUUUAGUCAGCAGAAUUUCAACCAAGCCAUAAACCAAAACUUUAACCAGUUUGAUCCAGUUUUUACCGAACCAGAUAGAUCAAUUGUCACCAAGCUGGCUACUUUGGACCCUAGCAGUCUUGUGUUAAAUAGGUUUACACCAAACGAUGCUAUUUCUACUGGAUUUACCCAAAACCAGAUCAAUUCGAAACCCAGUGGUGAUAUUACUGUUUUGCCCAGCAUCAGCUAUGAUCCCCUACUAGAAGCUGGAAAACUUCCAGAAAACGCUCAAAUAUUACCUACUAAAGAACCAACUGGAUUUAAGAAAAUUCCUGCUUUGCCAAAAGUGCAAAAUCAACAAUCCUUUGCUUUACAAUCGAAUAAUAUAUACGAUGCUACUCGGCAGCAACCUAAUUUAGUUUCGACUUUGGUGCAACCGAACGUAAACUAUUUGCAACAAAACAGAUUUGUCACACCUCAGCAAACUUUUCAGACUUUAAACAACCAAAAUAGAUUUUUGAGGCAAGAAGUAGGGACAGCCAAUCCAGGUUUUAACCAAAACAGUUUCUCUAUAGUGCCAGCCCAGCAACCCUUUGCUCCCAGGCAUGAAUUGGGCUACUUCCCUACUGAUAACCGGUUUGUGAGGCAGCAAAAUGUACUCUCUAGCCAGCAAAAUGUUAGAGGUCUAAGGAACAAUGUGGAAUCCACCCAGGUAUAUCAAACCUCUCUACAAAAUCCAAAUAGGUUCUUAAGGUCAAAUUUCGAGGGAAGUUUGACUGCUCCUCAACAAAUUAACAUCCAGCAGAGCGUCCAACCAGCGUCAAAUCAAAAUCGGUUUUUCAGAUCCAAUUUGGAGGGAAAUUUAGGUUUUAAUCAUCCGCAAAGCAAUUUGAGGCCUUUGAGGUCCAACCAGGAAAGUGCCUUUUCACAAAAUUCACCGGUGUUGCAGAACUAUAGGUAUUCAAGUUCGUUUGGACUCCCAUUGAAUUAGUUGGGCGUGGGAUUUAUAGGCUUUCUGGUUAAUUCUCUCUACAGCAUUGUAAAUUUAUGUGGGGUGUCCGAAGCAUACUUCGAAAAAACAUGAGAAAUAGAGGGAACGAUAAAGUUGUUUUAAAUGUUUGGCAACAUCACAGUAUUGGGUUAAUUCGUUGUCAGUAUUGAAUAGCAUGACAUUAUUUAGUUUUUUGGAAUUGGAAUACGUUACUGCUGAUAAGAUGUACGAUAUUUAUGUUUCCUUGCAGAUUUUAUUGGUUCUCUAUUUAAAUAAACUUUAUAUUUAUUUUUGAAAAAAUACGAGAAACAAGAAACAUUUUUAUUACUCUUGACUGGCAAUGCCGUCAAAGUUCAAAAACUCAAGGCAGUUGUGCCUUAACUUUACAGCAAUGUUGCCCUAAUGGUUAUGAUUUAUGAUAUAUCAAUUAAUGUUUAUACUUUUUAGUGUUUACAUAAAAAAAUAUUAGUCCUGGCUGGCAACAACACAGGCAUCAAUCAUUCAUAAAUAUUCAAAGAUUUUUAUUUUAUUUUAUUGAUUGUUUAGCCAUUCUGUGCUUAUUUUUUUAAACAAUUUUUCUUUUGCUCUAUAUAUUUAAUUUGCCAAUUUUUGUAACGAUCAAGUAAGUCUGUAAAAAAUGCUACUUCGGUGAUAAGCAGAUGUCUGACUUGCAUUACCUUUUAUUGAUCUAAAUGUUUAGGCUACUAAUUACUGAUAACUGUUAGUCUGUGUCUAGGAUAAUACGAAUAUGCUUUUAGAAGUUGUAAUAAGGGUUUCAGUGCUCUUCAGUUUUACUGCUAAUAAUCAUAUAAUAAAGAUCUUGUAGACUACUCUUUGCUUUCAAAUUGUGUCAACGUAAAGACUGAUAGAUAUCUUCGCAAAUAGUUUUGGGGUUGCACCGCUGAUUCUUUGCUAGAUUGAUUCUACUCAGAAAUAAGAAGAAGAAACACAAACACUUUAAUUUUUAUAUAAUUUUUUUUUAGAUAACUUUAAUUUUAUAUAUAUAUAUUUUUUUAAAUUUGAUUCAAAUUUAUGUAAAUAAAUAUAUAAAAAUGCAAACAUUUACAGGACAUUCAAAAUUCUUAAUAGCUCAAGCUGGCAACGUUGCACCGACAGUAUGCUAAGUCCCGAGUCUUGCGCAAAAAAGCGAUGCAACGUUGCCGUUUAUGAAUAUAAUUGUUCAUAUUUUACUGAUUUUUUUUUCUUUAAGAUUUUAUCAUGUUUUUUGCCUAGGACAUCCUGUAUAAACCACAUAUAUCUUGAUUUGCCAUUAGGUUAGAAUAAAAAAAAUAUUCAGGAUUUUAUAUGAAAUUAACAUAUCGGUGCUCAAUAUAUUGAAAAUAUAAUAAUAUAUACAUGUUUCAUGUAAAAAGCAGAAGUGCUAUUUAGAAUUACUGAUUAAAUAUUAUUAUUAUUUAUUUAAUAUUUAGUUAUUACUGUUUCUUAACGGAAAAUAUUUUCUAGUCUUUUAGGAUAAUUUAUAAAGUAAUAUUUUGUAGUAAACACUGUUUUCUUAUGUACAAGUUUAUAUUAAUAAAUAUGUUUAAUAAAAAUAUUUUAAUUUUA